AUGCCUCUCAUUAAACCGAAAAUGCAGCGCUUACAUAAAGCUCUCAGGAAUGGCAAUAUGCGAGGUCUUGCCGACGAGAUAUACAAGAUGAAUGCAGAAAGGCUCAGAUACUACCGAAAUGUAGGAAAUCGCAAUGAGGAUCCCCAUUGGCCCAAUAUCAUGGCUAGCUUGGAGCGACUGGAAAAGGAUAGGACAACCUCUCGGAUUGUGCACCAGUUACUGCUCUCCGUGCCUUCCUCGAUCAUUCACACCCUCAUCACCAAUGAAGUAGGACAUCAGUAUAACACUAAUGACAUGUUCAGAAGAAUGUUUGUACCGUCAGAUGGUUCUCCAGGUGCUUACGUUGUUACUUUCGCGAGGAUUGGCCGUGAUCUUAGCAUCAGUGAUGGCGUCCUGAAAGCAGAUCUCAAGCGGAUACGUGACAGAAUAAACCGAUACUUCAAAUACCAAGGAAUUGUUGUCCCGGAAGAUGACCAACAUCCAGAACACGACAAGAUUCUGCAAGGUGCUGAGUUAGCUACAGAUGUCGAGCGGCAAUUUUAUCGUCACGAAGAAGACAGGGCGGAUAUACUAAGUGAUAUGAAAGAAGGCUUUCGAAGUCUAGCUUCCUAUAGUAGUUUCCAGCUUCUCAGGGAUCUAAACGACUACGUUGAAUUUGACGAUAGACAAGCCAUGAACAUCUCCUCAUCCCAAGCACCCAUUUUUGUUGGUAGCAGUUCAUCAAUGAGCAGCGCGAGAAGAAUUCCAAGGGAUGGCGAAAUACUUGGAACUGAGUCGAAGUCAUUUUCACUCAUGUUCGGAUGCUUGAGGUGCGUUUCAACCAAGAUCAAGGCUAUGCAACUACCUAUUUUCAAUGUUCGGAAUGAGAACGAGCUUCUUAUUGCAGAGGACACGCUGGGUUGGCUUACAGGAGCCUACGGAAGCCUUACGCCUUCAGUUCCCCAGCAUCUCUUUUUCUCAGGUUCAUCUCAAGCACCAAUGUCUCACUACGAAUGGCGGCAAAUAAUGGGUGCCUGCCCCCAAGUCAUGGAUAAUCUCGACCAGGACCGUCUAUUAUGGAGAAUAUCUGUUGCAACAGAGAGCUAUCUCCAAUUGGUGAAGGAAUCAAGGGACGAGGCUGAUGCUCGAAUGAUAAAGCAUUGCAAGGACUACUUGAAGGCUAAGGACAAUCAAUUUCUGUACUCUCAAAUGAAAGAAGCUAUAGAUGAGUCACGCUCGGCUUUGGAAUUUCGAACAAGUUCCUUAAACGCGGCAGCUUUGGAAACAGUGUUCUCUAGAAAAAGGAUGGAAGCAUAUAAGUGGCUGAAUCUUUGCAUAGGCAUUCGGGGCUCGGCAGAAGCCAUUCUCAAUUAUUUCGAGAUGGAAAAGACUUUAGCUGGUGAAGAAUGA